CGAUAGCGCACAUGUAUGAUAUACGCCUUAACGUGGAAUCGGCACUCCUGUCCCCAAUGCUGUUCCCACCGCUGAAACGCUGCGGUGCGCCGAUGAGGCGGAGCCUCAGCUGCCAAGGCGCCUUCAGCCGCAAGGCUGCACGUAAACGUUGCCAGCACGGCGGAGAGAGCGGUCUGCAAAUCGCUCGCCGAGCACUACUGUCUAUAUGUAGCGCUGUGCUGUGGUCCGCUCGGACAGCCCGCGUGCCAUUUACGGAAGCGUUGUUCGCAGUACAUACCAUUGCCUAUGGAUGCUACAUCACAGUCUUCCGCCCUGCACAGCCGCGAAUACUGGUCGAAGAGUCGGUGAGUGGUGCAUGCGAGGGCCUUUAAGAAUGUAGGGCUGCUGGAAGCUAGGCCUUCGGGCUGUGGCUCUUCUCCAUUUCGUCAUAUCCUUCGUCCUGUUUAUCGUCCGUUCCUCCUUCGGCACAGAGCAGCAAUGGAGGCACCCGAUCUCUCGAACAUGGACCGCACCAACCUCCCGCCUGAUGAAUCGAUUGGCACCAAGGCCAUUGUAGCCAUGACCGUGAGCUCCGCGUUCGUCAUUGUUACGCUUGGGUUGCGAUUAUACAGUCGACUCAUGGUGGUAAAGAAACCGGGGUGGGACGAUUUAACUAUCGUGUUAGCCACAAUAUGCUCCCUCGUCCAGCUCAUUUUCAACGCCAUAUUCCUGCAUCACGGCCAAGGCCGACACGUCUUCUACCUCACGUCCUCUCAGAUCCAUCUCGCCUACAAAUUCUCCAAUCUCGUCAUCUUCCCCUUCGUCUUCUGCACCGCAAUCACAAAGAUCUCCAUUGCGUUCAUGGUACUGCGGUUAACGCAGGCGAGGUGGAUGAAGUACUACAUGUACGCGCUCAUCGCGUCCUUGGUGCUCGUCAACGGCGCUUGUAUUGUGCUCCUUUUCGCCUUCUGUCGGCCAAGCUAUGCGUUCUGGGAUAUUGGCGUCAAGGAUGCGAGGUGCUGGGAUACGAGGGUCUUGACGUACGCCUCGAGUGUGCAGGGCUUAUGGUCCAUAUUCACCGACCUGGUCUGCACAUCCACGCCACUCAUUAUGAUAUGGAAGCUGCAUAUGGGCGUCAACCAAAAAGUCGCUAUCACGGUUCUCAUUGGAUUUGGGUUGGUGACGACUGGCUGCUCCAUUGGCCGCUGCCUGUACUAUGCGAACACCAAGUUCUCGGACGACCAGACGUGGGUGGGCAUUAAUCUCGUCAUCUGGACCACCCUCGAAGCCAACAUCGGCAUCUUUGCUGCUAAUCUCCCUGCACUAGGUUUCCUGCGCAAAAAGAUGGAAGAGAAGCUUGCUUCUGCACCCGCGCUACGCUAUCUGCGCUUCUUGUCAUCCGGCAAGUCUGCGGGAGAUUCGGAUCGAGAAAUGCUACCCACCAUCGGCGCCGCAAACCCGCGGCGGAAACGUGAUGCUUUUGAUUCGGUGCUGGGCUCGGAUGAUGGGCUCAUGGGUGAGGAUGAACGGGAAUUAGGUGUAGAUAGAAAUGCAUACACGCCUUGAUGCUGCUUGGAAG